AACAAACUACAACUCAAGAACCACAGGCUACAUCGAAGUAAAAGCGCUGGAUACAGAGUCCAUAUUCCACGUCGUGGAGGACCUUCCAAUAGCACACGAUGGAAUACUAGGAACAGAAUUCUUCAAGAAUAGCGGAGCGAACAUUGACUAUGCCAAAUCUAUGCUCAUAGUCAACAAUUAUAUUAUACCAUUCCAAGAACCUUUAAUCACCAUACCAUCAAGAACUAGGACAACAAUACCUAUCAAAAUAGAAAAUACAAAAGAAACAACGGGCUUUAUACCAAAAAUUGAUAUACAUCCACAAUUAUACAUGGGAAACGCAGUCGUAACAAACAGAACUGGAAUAGCCUUCCUUCAUGCAACAAAUGUCUCUUCUGAAGAAAUAAAAAUUGAAAUGCCUACCGUACAAUUGGAACCAUACGAAGAAAUCAAAAUAGAAGAAGAAGAAGAAACGCUAUCAGACUCUACUAAACGCAUAACCACACUAUUUACAUCACUUCGCCUGGAACAUCUAAAUAAAGAAGAAAAAUCAAGCAUAAAAAAUUUAAUUUCAAACAACGCUGAUCGAUUCUAUUUAAACGAAGAUGAACUUGGAGCUACAAACAAAAUUUUUCAUCGAAUAAUUACAACCGACGAAGCUCCAGUUAAUAUAAAGCAAUAUAGAUACCCGCAAGCACUAAAAGAAGAAGUAAAUAAACAAGUCAAUGAAUUAUUAGAGAAAGAUAUCAUCGAACAUUCAUCAUCACCUUACAAUUCUCCAAUUUGGAUAGUACCAAAAAAAGAAGAUACACAAGGAAAUAAAUCAUGGAGAUUAGUUAUCGAUUUCAGAAAAUUAAACGAAAAAACCAUUAGCGACGCAUAUCCAUUGCCAAAUAUAGUCGAUAUUUUAGAUCAAUUGGGAAGCGCAAAAUACUUCUCAAUAUUCGACUUAAAGUCUAGCUUCCAUCAAAUACCCAUGCAUCCAGACGAUAAGCACAAAACAGCUUUCUCAACGCCAUUUGGACACUUCCAAUUCAAAAGAAUGCCAUUUGGUUUAAAAAACGCUGCAGGUUCAUUCCAGAGGCUUAUGAACAACGUUCUGGAUGGACUACAAGGGGUUGAAGCAUUCGUGUAUAUUGAUGACAUAGUAAUAUAUGCUAGCUCAAUAGAAGAACACGAAACGAAAUUCAAUAGACUUAUGGCAAGACUAAGAGAAGCAAACCUAUAUCUCCAGCCGGAAAAAUGCGAGCUAUUAAAAAAGGAAGUAGCCUAUUUGGGACACAUUAUCACAGAAGAUGGAGUGAAACCUGACCCAAAGAAAAUAGAAGCGGUCAAAGAGUUUCCAGUCCCAAAAACAGUUAAAAAUAUUAGGCAAUUCCUUGGUUUAUGCGGAUAUUACAGAAGAUUCAUAAAAAAUUUUUCAAAAAUAGCUAAACCCUUAUCAGAUUUAACAAAAAAAGAACAAAAAUUCGAAUGGACGCAACAGCAACAACAAGCCUUCAUCAUCCUCAGAGACAAAUUAUGCGAAGAACCAAUUCUUCAGUAUCCAGAUUUUACAAAACCUUUCAAUAUUACCACAGACGCAUCCGGAAUCGCCGUUGGAGCAGUACUUAGCCAAGGCGAAAUCGGAAAAGAUCAACCGGUAUCAUACACUUCAAGAGUUUUAAAUAAGGCAGAAACUCAAUAUUCUGCCACAGAAAGAGAAUUACUAGCAGUCAUAUAUGCCGUAACUCAUUUUAGGCCCUAUAUUUAUGGAAGAAAAUUUUAUCUAAUAACAGACCACAAACCAUUAACGUGGCUGCAUAAUCUAACAGAUCCCGCAUCAAGAUUAAUGCGUUGGAAACUAAAACUAAGCGAAUACGAUUACGAAAUUAAAUAUAAACCAGGAAAACAAAACAUAAACGCCGACGCAUUAUCCCGAAAUCCUAUUGUAACACUACCAAUUCAAGCAAAACGGAAACACUCUACUACAGAUUCAAAAGAAGUAAAAAAGAAAAAACAAUGGCAUCAAUACCCAACACGCCCUAGACCAUCGACGACAUCCGAUUCUAGGGAAUACAAAAAGAAAAAAGAAACUCACCAAUAUCCUACACGUCCUAGACCAUCGACGACAUCCGAUUCUAGGGAAUACAAAAAGAAAAAAGAAACUCACCAAUAUCCUACACGUCCUAGACCAUCGACGACAUCCGAUUCUAGGGAACACAAGAAAAAAAAGGAAACUCAUCAACACCCUACAAGACCGAGACCAACAACAUCAUCAAGUUCAAGAGAAAUCAAAAAAAAGAAAGAAACACAUCAAUAUCCAACAAGACGCCGAGACACAUCUUCAGAACAAAACAGAAGAACAAAAAAGAAAAAACAAUCAUAUCAACACGCCACACGACAAAGAGAUACUUCCUCCGAAUCCGAAAGAAGUAUUGUAAGAAAGAAAACAACACACCAAUAUUCUACUCGCCAGCGAGAUACUUCAUCUGAUUCAGAGAGAGAAAUAAAAAAGGGAAAAAUUACACAACACCACAAAAGACCACAUAAAACAAGCAGCAGUCAACAUCAAAAACGUCUAAAAGAAGAUACUACUUCCAGUGAAUCAGAAUAUUGCGAUACUGAUGAAUUCCAAGAUCAACAACACAGGAAGAGGAAAAAGGAAACAUCAAGCUCUACAAACAAACAAUAUAAAAAGAGAAAACCGAACCAGGAAAAAAUCACAGUAGAAAUUCACCAAUUACCUAAAAAACAACUAAUUUCUGAACCUCCUAAACCACUUAAAAGGAGACAUGAACCAAUAAUAAUUGGUGAUGAAAUUGAAGAUUUUGAAGAGGGAAUAACUCUACCCAAACAUAUAUAUAGAGAACCACCCAAAAUAGAUUCAUCUUCAGAAACUAAAAAAGCAUCCUCAGAAAUAAAAAUAUCAUCAUCAGAAAUAAAAAAGGCAUCUUCAGGAACAAAAAAAGCAUCUUUAGGAACCAAAGAAGAAUUUUCAGAGCUGAAAAAAGAAGAAAAAACUGAUUCAGGAAGUACAUCUACAGCACCUAUAACUCCUAUUAAAAUUAUUAAAGAAGAAGACCAACUUACCACACAUAAAAUAACACCACCAAAAGUGAUCAGCAACCUACCAGUCACAUCAAAAAUAGUAGAAACAACUGACCACCUCUGGAUGAAGAAAGGGAUUGUAAUUGUAUUCCUAAAUGAAGAGGGAAAACCAAUAGAUAAUCAAUCAAGAGAAUUUUUACAAAAAGAAAAAAUGAAAAUACACAUACCUCAACAGGAAGAAAUUAUCAUACAUUUAAAAAAGAAGAAUAAAGAAAUAUUUGGCCUAGUAACACAAUCAAGAGAAGACCUACCUAAAACACUAAAAAUACUUUAUCAAGAAUUCCAUAAAAGACAAAUUCAAGAAUGCUCUAUACCUGAAUUAAAAGGAUUACAUAAACUCCUACAAGUAAUUUUUGCAGAAUCAAACAUUUCCAUCACAUUAUGUAAAGGAAUCAUUAUCACACCACCUAAAGAAGAAAGAAUACAGAUCAUUAAAGAAAACCAUGAAAGCCCAGUAGGAGGACAUAAAGGAAUAAAAAAGACUUACCAUAGAAUAAGAAAUAAUUAUUAUUGGAAGAAUAUGAAAAAAGAAAUCACUGAUUAUAUUAGAACCUGCAUCAGUUGUCAAAAAGUAAAAUUAGUAAGGAUGAAAAACAAAGAACCUAUGGUCAUCACUGACACCCCUAUUGAUGCAUUUGACAAAGUAUCUUUAGACAUAUUAGGACCACUACCAAUUACUACAUCAGGAAAUAGUUAUAUACUCACCAUCCAGGAUAAUUUAACUAAAUAUUCAGCUGCAAUACCUUUAAUAUCAACCACAUCUGAAGAAGUAGCAAAAGCUUUUACAGAAAACUUUAUAUGCAAAUUUGGUAGUCCAAAAGCCAUACUUACAGACCAAGGUACAUGUUUUACUGGUUCAUUAAUGAAGAAAUUAGCCAAAACAUUCCAGAUCAAAACAUACAGAACAUCUUCAUUCCAUCCUCAAUCAAAUGGAUCACUAGAAAGAAGUCAUCACGUUUUAAUAGAAUAUUUAAAACAUUAUAUCUCAAAGGAAAAACAUUGGGAUGAAUGGUUACCACAGGCAAUGUUCUCCUAUAACACCAGCAUCCACGAAGGAACGAAAUUUACACCACAUGAAUUAAUUUUCGGAAAGAAAGCUCGACAACCAUCAAGUGUCAAACCGAUUGAUAGUUUAAAAACAUACCCCGAAUAUAUUGAGAAACUAAUUCAAACACUGUACAAUUUACGCGAAAUAGCAAAAUCGAAUUUGGAAAAAGAAAAACACAGACAAAAACACUACUACGACAGGAAAAUUCGACCAAUAAAUUACGAAACAGGUGAAAAAGUUAUGUUAUUAAACCCGCCUAGAAGAAACAAAUUUGAAAAAGAAUACACUGGACCAUACACUAUACUUCGAAACAUAGAACCAAAUAACAUAGAAUUGGCAAUAAGACCCAAUAAAAAGCGCAUCGUUCAUAAAGAUAGGCUAAAGAGGGCCUAUCUACCAAUCAGCAUCAUAGAUCAAACGUGAAAAUCGAUGCAAAAAUCCACUAG